UUCUCUACGCCAUGCCGGAACCUGUUAAAUCUGCCCCAGCCCCAAAGAAGGGCUCCAAGAAGGCCAUCACUAAGGCGCAGAAGAAGGACGGCAAGAAGCGCAAGCGCAGCCGCAAAGAGAGCUACUCGGUGUACGUGUACAAGGUGCUGAAGCAGGUGCACCCCGACACGGGCAUCUCGUCCAAGGCCAUGGGCAUCAUGAACUCGUUCGUCAACGACAUCUUCGAGCGCAUCGCGGGCGAGGCGUCGCGCCUGGCGCACUACAACAAGCGCUCGACCAUCACGUCGCGGGAGAUCCAGACGGCCGUGCGCCUGCUGCUGCCCGGGGAGCUGGCCAAGCACGCCGUGUCCGAGGGCACCAAGGCCGUCACCAAGUACACCAGCUCCAAGUGAGGCCGCCAAUUAAGCGUCUUUACCCCCAACCCCAAAGGCUCUUUUCAGAGCCACUUAACGCUAUCAAAAGAGCUCGUACAUUGUUACAAA